UCCCAAUACUUCCGGUCAGAAGAGAAAGGUUGACAAAUAAUUUGCCGAUGGCAGCACCUGGACAUCAAUUCCAACAAAUGAUGCCUGGUUCCCAAGCACAGCCAGUACAACAGCCAGCACCUUUUCCUGGUGUCCAGCCGGGUCCCGGGCCAGGGCCUGGUCCGGGAAGUCAGCAACCAAUGAUGAGUCAGCCCCAAAUGCAGCAUCCUCCUACACAAAUGGCUCCCCAGAUGGUGUCCCCUAAUGCUACCAAGGAGCUAAAUGCUAUCACUCUCUGUAAAAAGGGGCAAGAGUUUGUACAGGACAUUGUUGCCAAAGUCACAGAAAUAUUCAAACAGUUACAGACAAAGCAAAUGCCAUUACCAAAUGGUGUCAAUGCGACUGUCACUUCCUACAUGGAAAAGAGGACAAAGCUGGAAGAGAAUUUACAAACUUUGUCCAUGGGAUUUAAAAAACUUCACCUUUUCUACAGCAAGGUCAACGAAAUGAGCAAAGAUUGUGACAAUUUAUCUGAAGAGGCAUUGAUACCUAUAGAGGGACAACCGUUUGAGGACAGAAUGUCUACGAAUAGUUCUGAAGUCUACUAUAGAUUUGUUGUGGAUGAAAACAGAGAAAUCAUAGAGCAAUUGCAGGCAAAAAAUCGGGAACUGAAGGACAUCAUCGAUCAGAUGAGGAUGAUAAUCUGGGAAAUCAACACAAUGUUAGUGAUGAGGAAAACGUGACGCUAGAGGAGGGUGGUCAAGGGACAAUGAAACAUUUUGUUUGUCAAAGGAGAGUUAAAAACCGUCAGCAGUACCUCUGCUUUUUUCUGAAUAACAUGUUGAGGAGUUAAAUUUCUUCUGCAGUUACAUUUUAUGCUGCUCUGAUCAGCUAAAUUGGUCAGAUAUCUCAGUCUAUGACAAGUGUCCAGAAAAAUGUUCGCAAUAUAAUGUGCUGUACAGAUGGCUGAACAGGGCCGGGUCAGCGAGUUUGAGGAAAACUCCAAACGAUAUUGUAAGGAAAAGGUUCAUUUGUGGAAUCAGGAUCUGCAUGUAUGACAGCAAAUAAAUGACUAGUAUAAUCUAGUAUAACAUGGA